AAGCAAACACAACACAUUAUCCAAACCAACUCUGCCUCUCUCUCGUUUUCUCUCCCAGAUGAUGGGCUUCAACAUCUUAAAAUCCUCGCCUUUUUCUUCAACCAAAACAAUUCUCAUAACCCCCGCAGCCAAACCCACUCUCUCAAAGUUUCUUUCUCGGCCCCACUCUGUUCCUAAUUCCUUCUGCAAAACGCAUUUCAGAUUUCAAUCUUCCAAAUCCGCACUCUAUUCCAUUUCUCUUACUGGGUUCGGUGGCUCUCUCCACCGGAGCAAGCGUAAUUUUCGUGGUGGGAUAAUCGCCAUGGCUGCUCCUGGGUCCGUCCAGAAGUCAGAGGAGGAGUGGCGUGCGAUUUUGUCGCCAGAGCAGUUUCAGAUUUUGAGGAAGAAAGGCACAGAGUAUCCAGGCACAGGAGAAUAUGACAAGUUUUAUGAAGAGGGUGUCUACAACUGUGCAGGAUGUGGGACUCCCCUCUAUAGAUCCACAACCAAAUUUAAUUCUGGAUGUGGCUGGCCAGCUUUCUUUGAGGGUCUUCCUGGAGCCAUAGCUCGCAAUCCGGAUCCAGAUGGCAGGAGGAUUGAAAUUACAUGUGCAGCUUGUGGUGGACAUCUGGGACAUGUUUUCAAAGGUGAAGGAUUUCCAACACCCACAGAUGAACGCCAUUGUGUCAAUAGUGUCUCACUCAAGUUUGUUCCUGCAAAUUCUUCCCUGUGAAAUUCUGUCGUUGUGGUUAUCUUCAUUGGAAACCAACCAUCUGAUUCUGUAUAAAACAUGGAAAUAGUGUCAUGUUUGCCCAAAUUCUAGUGCUGAGUUGCAGUUCCUUUGAUAUGUGCAAAAAACUUGCUUAGAUGUAAGAUGGUAUUUAUUUAUGGAAUAAAGAGAUGUUAUUAUGCUAGCA